GUCCUACUAGUCUAUCUAUUGAGUAACUUUCACUUUCAACGUCACUCCGUUAACCGCUUUCCAUGACGCUACAGUUACUACGCGUCAUACGUAAUUCAUUUGCAUUUCGUUCAGAAAAUUGCAUUAAUUUGAAUCGCCAUUGCAAGUUGUUACGUACGAGCGAAUACCGUUAUUCGGAGUGGGGGCAGAGAGUAGGACGCGCGCGGGGGGCACGUAUCGGAGGCGCGGGAGCGCGGCGAGUUCACUCUGUCACUCGGUCAUUACGGUAUUUUUCUAUAGCGCGUCCCACAUUUACGAUCGUGAAAGAAAAAGUGACAAUGCCCGAAAACAAACCGUUUCAACGCCUUCCGAAGAAUGUCGUACCUAAACAUUACGAUCUAGAACUGGUGCCAGAUCUCGAGAAACUAACGUUUACGGGAAAGACGGCAGUGAAAGUAUCGAUCGUCAAUCCUACCAAAGAGAUAGUGCUCAACUGUUUGGACUUGGAUUUGAAGAGCGUUAAGUUACAGUUUGAGAAUGGAGAACCUCUGUCGCCGGUGGAAGUGCGGCUCAGCGCAGCCGAAGAGACGGCCACGAUCGCGUUCGCGGAGACGCUGCCGGCCGGCGAUGCCGCUCUGCAGUGCGAGUUCACAGGCGAGAUCAAUGACAAGAUGAAGGGGCUGUACCGCAGCAAAUACCUGACGCCGAGUGGCGAGGAGCGCCACGCGGCCGUCACGCAGUUCGAGGCGACAGACGCGCGCCGCUGCUUCCCGUGCUGGGAUGAGCCCGCCAUCAAGGCCACCUUCGACAUUUCCCUACGCGUUCCCGCCGACCGUGUCGCGCUCUCCAACAUGCCCGUGAAGGAGGAACAGAUAACUGACAACACGCGAUUCGUGAGGUUCGACACAACUCCAAUCAUGUCCACUUAUCUGGUAGCUGUUGUAGUGGGCGAGUAUGACUAUGUGGAGAAGACAUCGCGCGACGGCGUCUUGGUGCGCGUGUACACGCCCGUGGGCAAAAGCAAGCAGGGCAUGUUCGCACUGGAAGUGGCAGCCCGGGUACUGCCUUACUACAAGGAGUACUUCGACAUAGCCUAUCCGCUGCCUAAAAUUGAUCUGAUUGCUAUAGCAGAUUUUUCAGCUGGUGCUAUGGAAAACUGGGGUUUAGUGACAUACAGAGAGACAUGCUUGUUGGUGGAUGAGGAACACACAUCUGCCGUGAGACGGCAGUGGAUAGCCCUUGUGGUUGGUCAUGAGUUGGCUCAUCAGUGGUUUGGCAACCUGGUCACUAUGGAAUGGUGGACUCAUCUCUGGUUGAACGAGGGUUAUGCAUCAUUUGUGGAAUUCUUGUGUGUUAACCAUCUGUUCCCUGAGUAUGAUAUUUGGACUCAGUUUGUUACUGAAACUUACAUCAGGGCUUUAGAGUUAGAUUGUUUGAAAAACUCACACCCCAUUGAAGUGCCAGUAGGCCACCCAUCUGAGAUUGAUGAGAUAUUCGAUGACAUCUCAUACAACAAGGGUGCUUCUGUCAUUCGCAUGCUGCACAGAUAUAUUGGUGAUGAUGAUUUCCGUAAAGGAAUGAACAUCUACCUUACCAGACAUCAGUACAAAAACACUUUUACUGAAGACCUAUGGGCUGCUUUGGAGGAAGCAUCAAACAAGCCUGUUGGGGCUGUGAUGUCCACAUGGACUAAGCAGAUGGGUUUCCCAGUUGUACAGGUAAACUCGACACAAAGGGGCAAUGACCGCGUGUUGACGCUGACUCAGCAGAAAUUUACCGCGGAUGGUAGCCAGGACCCGCAUGAUAUCCUAUGGAUGGUGCCUAUUACUAUUUCUACACAGGAGUUUCCUUCUAAGGUGGCAUUGUCUACAGUUUUGGAAAAACGAACCCAAGAAGUUGUCCUAGAAAAUGUUUCAGAGUCUUCGUGGGUUAAAUUAAAUCCUGGCACAGUGGGUUACUACCGGACUCGGUAUGAGCCCGGCAUGCUGGCGCAGCUGGUGGGCGCGGUGCGCGACGGCUCGCUGCCGCCGCUCGACCGGCUCGGGCUGCUCGACGACUGCUUCGCGCUGGUGCAGGCCGGACACACGCACACGCACGAGUCCCUGAAACUCAUGGAGGCCUUCAACAACGAGAACAACUUCACCGUCUGGUCUUCAAUCUCCAACUGCAUGUCCAAACUGAGCGCGCUGUUCUCCCACACGGCGCUAGACAAGCCGCUUAAGAACUAUGGGCGGCAGCUGUUCGGACCGGUCACUAAGCGCCUGGGCUGGGACGCGGAGGACAAGGAGAGUCAUCUGGACACCCUGUUGAGGAGUCUCGUGCUUAACAAAAUGAUCAGCUUCGAGGACCCGGACACCAUUAAGGAGGCUAAGAAUCGAUUCGAGAAACACGUAUCGGGUGCGGCGACAUUACCAGCGGACCUGCGCUCGGCGUGCUACCGCGCCGUGCUCGCGGACGCGGACGAGGCCACAUUCCAGCGGUUCCUGGAGCUGUACCGCUCGGCAGACCUGCACGAGGAGAAGGACCGCAUCAGCCGCGCGCUGGGAGCGGUCAAGGACCCGGAGCUUCUGAAGCGUGUGCUGGACUUUGCCGUCUCGGAUGAAGUGCGCGCCCAGGACACAGUGUUCGUGAUCGUGUCGGUGGCCGUCAGCAGGAACGGCCGCGACCUUGCGUGGCAGUUCUUCAAGGACCACUGGCAGGACUUCAUGGAUCGCUACCAGGGCGGCUUCCUUCUGGCGCGACUAGUGAAGUCUACCACCGAGAACUUUGCCUCUGAGUCGGCCGCCCAAGAAAUAGACGAGUUCUUCCGCACACACCACUCGCCCGGCACCGAGCGCUCCGUGCAGCAGGCGCUGGAGACCGUGCGGCUCAACGCGGCCUGGCUGCGCCGCGACCUCGCCUCCACCACCACCUACCUGCAGUCCUACCACUGACGGACCAAAUGACACAAGACUGAAACUACAACGAAGUCCAGUUAACGUUUCAAUAGAUCUUUAUCCACUGAGCUGAGCUGCUAGCAUUUUGAGUUAUUUAUUUUCCAGUGACAUCGUUAUAUGUUAACCGUGACAUUGAAAAAGAGUAUUUUAAAUGUUGUUAAUAUGUUUAUCGUAUUUUAAACCUAAUAUAGCCGAAUUAAAUUAAACAGCAGUAACAGGUGGGACAUAGGAAUGAAGUAGUAUGUUUCAAUUUGUUGUUGUUUUAUAAUAUUCCUGUCUGUUCAUUUCAUUUGUUUAUAAAAACUAUACGAGCACUUUCGAUCGCCAUGUCAAAUCUAGAAGCUUAGUCUAACUAAUUAAUAAUAUCGUAAUUUUAUAGGUCUUAACUAUCUUACCGUUUACGAAGAAUACUGCAAAAAAGCUGGGAAAGAAAAUAAUUAGUCACAAGUUUUCUGUAAACUUGAGUUCAUUUUGGGUUAUUCCCACUAGUUACUACCAAGUUCUUACCAGUGGUAACUGGGUUUUUUUUCCCACCUUUUACCACUGGUAACGUGGUAACUACUGGGAAGAAAAAUUCCCACUAGUUACAUAUUCCCAGUAGUUAUACAGGUGGAAAAAAAUUCCCAGUAGUUACCACUGGUAAGAACUUGGUGGUAACUAGUGGGAAUAACCCUACAUUUUGAUUUAGAUCAGGACUAGGUAGGUACACUGAAAACGUAUAAUGGCAGUCUGUUAUCAAAGAGGUAUUGAGCAUGUUAGAAAAAAAAUCUCUUAUGCAUUUAGACCGAUUGUGCUCGCUUAAAUUCGCAUUUAUGUUAGUACAAUGAUGACACUAGUCACAUGCGCCUAACUAGAUUUCCGCAGCGACAAAGGAGCUAAGACAAGUCUUAUCAUAAUUUGUUAACAAAUACGGCCCAUUGUUAUAACACUUCAAUACUCUGCAGAGUUUCAAUGGUCUAUUGUUAGAGAAGCUAUACUUACAGGAUUUAACAUGUAUUAUAAUGUGUAAAAUAUUAUUUUAAUUUAUGUUUAGAUUAUGUUACGAGUUUUGUAAUAUUGGUGCUGAGAGCAUUAUUUUUGUUUUAUUUCUUUAUUCUGGGGAAAGUACAAUUUGUUUCUAACAUUAGUGUAAACUGUAUACCGACAACAAACCUUAGUAGCGUAUUUAAUUUAAUUUACCAGUGUGCAAUAGUUUCUUACGCCCACCAUAUAAGUACCAGGGAUGUUGCGAAUAUUUGCAUCAGCAUCCGCAUAAAAUCGAUGCGGAGCAGAUGUCGACCAAGUUGGUUACAGGAACGUAUUAGCGGCGGCGCCGGCGGCGUAAGUGCUAGGUAAUUUUAUAUAACGAAAUCGUCUAGAUCCUGAAAAGUCGGCCAAGUUACUGUUUAUCAAAUAAAACGCACCUAUACAAAACGUUUCGUUUUUUGAAAUAAAAAAUGCUAAAAAUGUAAUAUUUGACUUUUUUAAGUACGAAAUCAUGACAUCCGCAUCCGCGGAUGUGAGGCUUUAAAUAUCCGCAUCCGCGGAUGUCAAAAAAUCUGCAUCCGCAACAUCCCUGAUAAGUACCAGUCGACUUGCACACGCAUAUAAUUUUAAUUAAGUACCUACAUUUAGCAAAUUAAUCGUUUAGGGGCGUGCAAGUUCAGUCAAAAUUUUUGUGAUCUUAAAAUAAUUAAAUGAAGUUACCAUCGUUUAUUAGUGUCUUAUCGCUAUCAUUGCUGAAUUGUUUUGUAAGACUGUGUUAUUGCAAUAAAUGGUACAAGAACA